AUGGAUUCAAGCUCUACAGCGAGGUUCGUGUUCUUGUCGUCCCUCUUCCUGGCGUCCGCCGCCUUCUCCGCCGCCCACAUCGCCGACUUCGAUUCGUACUGGCAGAAGCGGGCAGACGAAGCCACCAACCAGGCCCGCAGAUCCUAUGACCCGGAUCCGGUAUCCCUAACCCGACAGUUCAAUCACCAAGUUGGCCAAGAUUUGGCGAAGCAAAAGCAGAAGGGCAGAGGCCUUCGCGGCGCGAACCGGCUGCUCGUCGGCCUGUGCCAGGCGACGAACCCCAUCGACCGUUGCUGGCGGUGCAGGAGCAACUGGGCGGACCGCCGGCGGCAGCUGGCGGAGUGCGCGCAGGGGUUCGGGCGCCGCGCCGGCGGCGGGAAGGCCGGCGAGUUGUACGUGGUCACCGACGCCUCCGACUCCGACGUCGUCGACCCGAAGCCGGGCACCCUCCGGUUCGGCGUCGUCCAGGACCGCCCCCUCUGGAUCGUUUUCGCCCGCGACAUGGUCAUCCGACUCGCGGAGGAGCUCAUCGUCACCAGCAACAAGACGAUCGACGGCCGCGGCGCGGACGUGCGGAUCGCCGGCGGAGCCGGCCUCACGCUCCAGUUCGUCCACAACGUCAUCCUCCACGGCCUCCGCAUACACGAUAUCAAGGCAGGGAACGGCGGCAUGGUCCGCGUCUCCGAGAGCCACGUCGGCCGCCGCACCCGGAGCGACGGCGACGGCAUCUCCAUCUCUGGAUCCAGUGACAUCUGGAUCGAUCACGUCUCUGUGGCCAACUGCAUGGAUGGUCUCAUCGACGCCGGGCAGAACUCCACGGCCAUCACCGUCUCCAAUUGCCACCUCACUCAACACAACGACGACGCAAUGCUGUUCGGCGAAAGCGAGUCCUACUCCGGCGACGCGAUCACGCAGAUCACAUUAGCCUUCAACCACUUCGGAGCCGGCCUUGUUCGGAGACUGCCCAGAUGCCGAUGGGGUUUCUGCCACAUCGUGAGCAAUGACUACGCCCACCGGACGAUGGAGGACGCCGUCGGAGGAAGAAAGAAUCCGACAAUCCUCGGCUACGCAACGGAGUCGGAGAACGGAGCAUCCUCCGUGGAGUCGGGGUCGCCGGAGCUGAAGCAGGAGUUUCCGAGCAAGGAGAAUGAGCUGAUAGGGAACUACGUCAGCAGACUCACGCGAUUUGCCGGCGCACUCGACUGCGUCGCCGAUCAGCAAUGCUGA